AUGACAGCUUCACAUUUCGCCCCUACUUAUCCUGAUCCUGAAUAUGAAGUGCUUAAUCGAUGGGCGGAUGAAGUGGACGAUCCUGCUGUGGUAUAUCUUGAAAGACUUAUUGGUAGACGAUAUCCCUUCUCCAAAGAGAAUUGGUGCGGUGGUGUAACCGUCUGGCCUGUCAUUCAGUUAUCGUCUAAACCACAUAGAGAGAGAAACCAUAUAGGAAAGUGA